AUGGCGAGGAGUGCACAAAGUAGCCCAUUUUGGAGUCCUCAAUUCUUCAAGGUCGUGAUCCCCAAUGUUACCACACAGCAUCUGCGAAUCCCAUCCGACUUUAUGAAGCAUACUUCCAAUGAAGAAUCCGACAGAGCGAUCCUCGAGGGUCCUACUGGAAGUCAAUGGCAUGUUAAGUUAUGCAAAACUGAAAAGGGCACAUUUUUGCAAGAUGGUUGGCAGGACUUUUUUAAGUUUUUAUUGAUACCCAUAAAGGCUGUAAUCAUAGUGGAAAAAGAACACUCCGGAACUGUGAAACCAGUGUUUAUAUAUGAGACAGGAAUAGAGGCAGUUGCUGAGAAAAGGAUCAAAAGAGAAGACAUUCCUAUGCUUAUUCCGAGUGACAGUGAAUCUCAAGAGAAAACGAUAACUGAAGACAAAGAUGCGGCGGAGUCCUUUUCAUCCAUUCAUCCCUAUUUUAAAAUACAGAUGGCACAUGUGCAUGUGAUCCUGAGUUUUGUCUUGCAUACCCCACGAGAAUUUUCCAAGAAAUAUCUUCCUUCAGCCGAUGCAAAGAUUAUUCUCCGUAACCCAAGUGGCAACUGUUUUACCGUGAAUUUCAUAAAUAGGAAAGGGCGCCAUUACUUUGCUGGAGGAUGGAGAGCCUUUGUACGCGAAGCCCAGCUCAAAAAAGGUGACAUCUGCGUAUUCAAACUGCGAAUACCGACUGAGUUUAUGAAGUAUAUUUCUAAUGAAGAAUCCGAAAGAGCGAUCCUCAAGGGUCCUUCUGGUAGUCAAUGGCAUAUCGAGUUAUGCAGAACUGAGAAGGGCACAUUUUUGCAAGAUGGUUGGCAGGACUUUGUAAGAUACAUGAAACUAGUGUUUAUAUAUGAGACAGGAAUAGAGGCAGUUGCUGAGAAAAGGAUCAAAAGAGAAGAUAUUCCUAUGCUUAUUCCAAGUGACAGUGAAUCUCAAGAAAAUAUGACAAUUGAAGACAAAGAUGCUAAGUUAAAGAUGUCGGCUGAGUCUUUUACGUCCAUUCAUCCGUAUUUUAAAACAGAGUUAGCAAGAAAAAAGAUGACACAGAUGAAAGUGUACAGGGGUUUUAUGUUGCAUCUCCCACGAGAAUUUUCCAAGAAAUAUCUUCCUUCCACCAAUGCAGAGAUUAUUCUCCGUAACCCAAGCGGCAAGUAUUUUACCGUGAAUUUCAGAAAUAAUAAAGGGAACCGGCAUUACUUUUCUGGAGGAUGGAGUGCCUUUGUACGUGAAAACAAGCUCAGCAAAGGAAGCAUCUGCAUAUUCGAACUUGUUGGUAAAUCUGAAUUUUCUGUCCACAUUUUCCCAGUUGCUCACAGAAACUAG